UCACUUCUUCCCAGGUAGGAUUUUACCAUUGAAAUCAGCUUGAGUGACUACAUCAGGAUCCACCUGCAUAGCAGACUCUCCUCGAGCUCCAAGCGAAUCGCCUUAAGGAUCACUCAGUUGUCAAGAAGUCUUGCGCGUUGUCCUAGAAGAUGCGGGGUUUUGUAUGCGUGUUAGUGUAUGUAGCGGCACUGGCCGCCCUCAGCAGUGCCCAGUUACCCGGUGGAGGUGGAGGUCAAGGAGGACAUGGUCACGGAGGACCCGGUCACCACCACCCAGGUGGCGGUGGACCUAUCAUACCACCGGUAAGCCCAGACCCAAACAGGAAAGAACCAUGCGCCAAGUACUGGAUGCAGGAAGGAGAUAGCUGCUACCUAUUCGACAGUGGUGCUUUCCUGAGGCAGAUUGCUGCUACCGGUCCAAUUAUCGUCAAUAAUGAAAAUGGGCUAUUCCAGGGAGCAGCGAACAUGUACUGCGGCCAGAUGUACCCGGGUGCGUCACUUGUUACAGUCAACAGCCUGGCAGAGAACAACUAUCUGUACGAGUGGGCUGUGAGGAUGAUGGUCGAACCGGUCCCUGUAUGGAUUGGUCUUCACGUAGGCCCAACUGGGCAGUGGCAGUGGUUUAGCGGAGAACCCGUCAACUACACCAACUGGGAAGGUAUGGUGGCACCUAUGCCAGAGCCAGGUCUUGGAGCCAUGAUCUUCGACGCUGAUAUCCGCAACCAGAUGUUCAACAACCAAGUGGAGAUCACCCCGCAGUGGGUUCCAGAAGAAGCCAGGAACGACCGCCACGCGAUCAUCUGCGAGUACCACCCAUCAGGACUUACCGCACCUACAGGUGGGCCUACGCCAGCUCCCGAAGUUCCAACCACUCCUGCGAUGGCCACAGCUUCUGCAACAACAAUGGCUCCAGGUACCCGUGGGCCGGUCAUGUACCAGAACAACCCCAGGAAUCUAGUCAACCGCCUCACUGGAGGACGUUUUGGAGGAUCCCUCCUACACGAGGUACCACGAAGACAAAGGCCAUCAAACCUCAGGAUGAACCCAUACUACGCCAUCCAGCCUUGAGGUCGACAUUUCCAGAACUCCCAUUCCUAAUACCCGGAUCACCUUAUUCAGUCUGACACCCUAGCAAUUCGUAAAGACUGAACAUAGCAGCUUAGUUCUGGUAUAUUGAUUGAACAUGUAAAGAAUCAGUCGAUUAGCCCUAAUGAUCUUGAGUAUUGAUUCGGUAAAUAAUGUGAGAUGCCUGCCCUUACAAAUCCAUCACGAAACCACAAUCGUUGAUCAGCCAUACCAACUACCCCACCAUGUCAAACAAUAACAGUGGCGCUUUCGACGGCUUCAUUGCGUUAAAAGAGACCCAUCUAUGUUCCUUCCCAGAGGUACCCCAGUAGAUUGAAGUGAUCAUUAUCUAAACCAAGACUCAGGUUUUCAAUGCAUAUUUUCGGGACUGCCUAUUGAAUUAACACUUAACUUUAUUAUCUAGAUUUUAGUCCGCGGUCUGUUCAAGUUCGUCUUUCUUUACGCUUGGGAUGGACAUUACGUAGUUCCACCCCUUCCCCAAACGAGACGCAGGACAUCUUUUUAUUUGCCAGGCCUGGUUUGUCUGGAAAACCCACAGUUUAACUUAUGUGACCUUAAAUCGUUCGAGAUAUUCAAUGUUUAUCUUUUAAGCCAUUGAACGUUUUAUUUCCAUGUUAUUGAUUGUGGUACUUGUUCACUUAAAUACUUUGUACAGCUCGUUCAGGAAUAAAUAUAGUAUUUACUUUA